AGGCGCCGGCUCGCGGGCCGUGGCGCUCGCUACUCUUUCUCUGCCCAUCGCAGCAGCCCCUUUCUCUCCGCAGCACCUCGGCCGGCGGCUGCAGCGGCGACCCGAGCAGAAGCGAGCGCGGGCGCAGGCGGCCUGAAGGAUGAAGUGCAAGCCCAACCAGACGCGGACCUACGACCCCGAGGGCUUCAAGAAGCGGGCGGCGUGCCUGUGCUUCCGGAGCGAGCGGGAGGACGAGGUGCUGUUAGUGAGUAGCAGUCGGUACCCGGACCGCUGGAUCGUGCCGGGCGGGGGCUUGGAGCCCGAGGAGGAGCCGGGCAGCGCGGCGGUCCGAGAGGUGUUCGAGGAGGCGGGAGUCAAGGGGAAGUUAGGCCGGCUCCUGGGUGUCUUCGAGCAGAACCAAGACCGCAAGCACAGAACGUACGUGUAUGUCCUGACUGUCACUGAGAUCCUAGAGGAUUGGGAAGACUCGGUGAGCAUUGGGAGGAAGCGAGAGUGGUUCACAGUCGAAGAUGCGAUCAAGGUCCUCCAGUACCACAAGCCCGUGCAUGCCGAAUACCUGGAGAAACUAAAGCUGGACGGUUCCGCCACCAGUGGAAACUCCGUGGCCCUGUCCGUGCCGGGGAGCGACCCCUAGUAUGUACCGCUGCUGCACAGACCUCUCUGCUUUCCGCCUGCCCUAGAACACCUAGUGCCCGCGCACCUCUGGUGACAUGUGCAGCGGGCUCUCCGGGGGAGGGAGGCUCCUUUUGUUUCCUUGGCAGACCUCUGAAUCACGCUUGCAAACUGCCUCAGUUGCGAGGCACUGUUUUCGGACAAUUUGCACGUUUUUCAGAAGCUUUGAAAGUCGCUUCUUGAUAGCGCUGUUUGACACAGUUGGGGAAGCCUGAGCCACUUGGGUUUUUCUUUCAAAGGUGCCUUAACUGCUCACCCAGCCCGUGCGUGCGUGUGUGUGCGUGUGUGUGUGUGUGCGCGCGCUGUGGUUGGUUGGGGUUUUUUUUUUACAUUUCACACGUGUGUGUGUGUGUUUCUGUUUGUGAGCGCGCACUUGUGUGCGCAUUUUUGGUACCAGUUUUGUGGUUUGUUUUGUAGCGAAGGCCUUUAAAAUCUGAUCACCUUGGUUAUGUGGCAUCUUUCAUUAAUUUUCCUAAGUUGUUUUCUCAUUCAUGGCGUUCGCUCUUGUCAGCAAGCUCUUCUCUGGUGGGAAUUAAAGGAUCGGUUUUGAAUUUUCAAAAAUGAUCUAAGAAAUUUGACAUCUUGUGCUCUAACUGCACUCGACCAUAAUUUUGUCUUCAGAAAUGUGAUCUAGUUUGCCCUAUUCAAAAAUUUCUUUAUUCAUAAGUAAAUAAUUUGAUUUUCAAAAAUUGUUCACAACUGGUCAUUUUUCACUGCCCAUCUGAAAUGGCCAUCCCCCAUAUAGCGCAAAUGUAGUUUAACAAAAUAUUUCUUGUAGAGUAGGUAUUUCUCAGGAAGGUCUUGUUGGCCGUAUCUUAUCAUGAAAACUGUAUUCAUAGAGUAUGAUGUGGCAUACUGAACUUUCAGCUCCCUUUGUCCCUUUCUCAAUCCCCUAGAACUACCCUGGUUCUCUCAAUAUAAACUAGUUUUUGAAAGGAAAUUAUUCCACAUAUUAGAAUUUAGUGACAUUCCAUUUCAACUUCCUGACUGCCAGUUGCCACAGGAAUGGGAUCCAUAUGGUGAUUACAUCCCAACUGAGUGAGGUUCCUUUCUUCAUAUUCAGCUGUUAAAGACUAUCAACGUGUUAGGACACCUAAACAAUCUCUCUUAAAAAUUGAGAAUAUACAUUUUGUCUCACAGGACAAUCUUUUAUGGGAUACGGAAUUAACAACUCUUACAUUUGCCUUGACACGUGUUCAUAAUGAGGAAUACCAUCUAAAAUACUUAAGUCUCUCUUCUGGAACUUCCUCUGUUCCACAUAGCCUUGUCAGAAAGUAGGUGGAGGUAAAACCUUUGUGAAGUGUGAGUAUUAAGGGGGAAAUACCAUUUCUAAUUAAAAGGGCAACCUAGAGUAAAUAUAUCAUAUAUCUUAUAUCAGUAUUGAUAAGUAUUUGGUGUCACUCAACUUUUGGGAGGACACUGGUAUACUCUGUAUUAAGAAAUUUUGAAGUCUGGAUUCCUCUUGGGAUUGCGCAUCUUCUCUCAGGAAGUGUAAAAAAAAAGCCUACUUUGUGAAGAGAGAAUGGGUGAGGGAUAUCUUUGUACAUGUAACACUUAAAUCUUAAAAAUAUUCUACACACCAAUAAUAAAUAUAAGUGCAUAAUAACUGUAAUUUACCUUGUUAUUCUACAAAUUAACCUUUUAAAAAGAACAUAAUCCCUGGUAGGUUUGAAUUUUUUUUUAA